GCGUCUACCCACCGCGGGCUCUCUCGAGGUGUCCUUUUGCAUGUCAACUAACAUGAGAGACGAUUAUUUCUUCUGUUUUAUUGAUUGACUUUGCUCUCUGAGGUUCCUGACCAAAAGUAUCGCCUUCAAUUUCAGACGGAGAAGACGCGGAAAAGUGAAGGCUUCAUCUUGCCCGUAAAGCCAAAGUGACUCGUUAGCCCGGGGGUCCCCCAAGGCCCCAAACUGGGCUCCAGCCAGGAAGCUGCCUACAGGACGGGAUCUUGGCCUUGUCUCAAGACUGAGGUCACUGGCUUCUCAGCCCCACGAGCUGUUGGUAACAGCACCCGGGGAGCCAGAAAUCCCGUGGCUGUGGCUCCCUGUUGUUCUGGGGCACUGUGAGCUCCUCGCUGCCCCUGUGUCAGCGCCCGGAAAACAGGGCAGAGCUGCGGGCUCGGCCCCGUGUGGGACUGUGUCCCAGCCCUCGGACGGAGCUGCCCCGACAGGACGUGCUCCCCUCCCCGCGAGGGCAGCUCCCCCAGCUGUGCUCCAGCGGCUCUCCACGAGCGCCCUGAGACCCGUCCCCACGCAGCCUCGCCCCGCCUGUGAGGUCACAGCAGGGCUGUGAGGUCACAGAUCCCCACGCUGCCGCAUCAGCCAUAAAGACCGACCCCUCAGACCCCGGCUCUGACUGCACCAGCAGCAGCAGCGGCGAUAGCAGCAGCAGCAGCAGCAGAAUGGUGCAAGUGCAGAGAGCCAUGGCUCUUGUCUGCCGUCUCCUCCUCCUCCUCCUCUUCCUCCUGGUGGCCCUGCAUGCCAGGGCUGCCCGGGCUGCUCCGUAUCGAGCACGGGGAGCAGACGAGGACGGUGGCGACGGUUAUCCAGCUUCUGAGCUGGAUGUUGGCUUGGAGCCCUCGGGGCAUCCUGGAGAUCCUCUCGUGGUUGGCGGCUUCCCGACUUCUUGGCCUGUUCCCGUCCUGGAGCCCGAGCGCAGUCCCACAGCCCUGCCUGUAGGCGAAGGUGAUCCAGUGUCCCGGCUGGGUUCCAGGACCGAGCCUCCGGCAGUUCGCGUGGGUCGUCCAAGGGCAAAGAACCAUGCUGAAGGAGGAAAAAAGUCCCUGGAGUCGUUGGAAGUGCUAAAGCAAGCGCUGGAGGAACUGGAGAAAAGGCACGAGACAGACCAAGAGGCUGGGCAGGAGCAGGCGUUUCCGGAAGGAAGCAGUGGCUUGCUGCCACCCUUUGUCAAAGAGACGGAGGCGAUGCAAGGCACCGGCAUGCCAGCGCUGCCAAAGCCCCCAGGAGACUCCCACGACGGUGCGCAUGAAUUCUUCCAGGUGGACUCAGGUGUGGUCGGCGAGAGAACCACAACUGCCUACAGUCCCCAGAGCACCAGGAGUUUUCCGCGUCUGCAAGACAUUGGCUGGCACUGGGUGACAGACACGACAGCAGGCGUGGUUUCCCUGGUGCUGGCCGUACUGGUGUGCUGUCUCCUGAUCCGGUGGCGGAGGAAGAGAAAAGAGCGCAUCGCCACAGCUUUACAAAACCAAGCGGAAGCCGGUGACCACCCCUCGCGCCUGCACAGCCAGACCAGGCCCGAAAGCCUGCCGCGCCUGCCCUCCGCAUGGACCCUAAACUCGCGCCCCUCGAGUCCGCUGCUCUGGCCCUAUUCCACGGGCUGAAGGCGGGCACCAGGGUAGGGGUGCGCUGACAGAACCCCCACCAACAGCUUUGGGGAUCAGCCCUGUCUCUCCAAAUAAAGCGAGAGCUGUC